CAGGCAGGAAGAUGCACUCGCGGGGUAGGAAGAUGCAACUGGUACCGUGUUUCGGUGGCGUAGAGAUCGUGCUGUGUUUGUGGAUCACGAGUGCUGUUUUAACACUGGUCGCGUCCCAGCAAAAGUUCUACAUCCAGGGCCGGUAUGGAAAACGUCAAGAGCCGCGUACAGAUUCGUUCUACGUGUCGGGAGGAAGGUACGGGCGCGAGAGCGAGAGCGGAGUGGCGAGCAAAUCGCAAUUGGCGAAGUUGGUUGAGGCCGAGGUGCCGAGGAUAGAUCGAUUCGUUUGGGGUGGCCGAUACGACGGAAAACGAUCGCCACCUAUCGACUAUCGGCCUGUCUCGUCCGUGAAUCGUUUCAGCGCUGUCCUCGACUUCAUGGAUCAGGUGGACCUCGAUCGAGAGAAGAACGAUCUCGGUAACCGAAACGAGCUCGAUUUUCUCCCCUAAGAUCAAUCGUAUAUCGUACACGACACCUUGGGAGGACUCGUUGGCCCUUUUUCGUGGAAACGAAAAAAAGAAGAAGAAAGAAAGAAAACUCGAGGGGAAGAAAGG